AUGAACAUCAGUAAUCAUACUAUUAAUGAUAAUAAUAAUAAUAAUAGUAACAAUCCAUUGUACAAACUAUUUUCGCGUCUUCCAAAUUAUACUUCAAUGAAUGGAGCAGAUGCGAUCACAGCAAAUGAUAUCAUGCUUACUACUAAUAAUGUUAACAGUAACAGUAUAACUAGUCAUGGAACAAGUGCAUUUAGAACACCUUCACCAAUUAUGGAUUUUAUGAAAGAACAAGUCAAUAUUACACAAUCAUCACCGAAACAAUCAUUCAGUAAUUCUACAUUUCCCAAUGAUUUAUAUUAUCAUCAAAACACUGCUAGUAUUCAUGAACAAAUUAAUGCCCAGCUACAAAGUACAAAAAUGAAUAUUACAGAUUUACAAUCAACAAUUCAAUUAGCUGGUAAAUUAGCUCAACAUUUUAUUGCAUUGUCUAACAAUAAUAAUGCAUCAUUGAAAUCUAAUUCCACCGAUUCCCAACCAGAACUCUGUCAUCAUUCAUAUCCACAACCUUACGACAGUCAUCCGCAUAAUGGUCAACCAUUUAUACCAUCAUUAAUUAAUUCAAAUCAUGAAAUGAAGUUAUCAAAUUUAAACGAUACCCCAUUUAUUCAAUCAUUAGAUCAAUUAACUGAAUUCUUAUUCUAUCAACAAUAUUAUCAAAAUAACAAUAAUAAGAAUAAGAAUGUAAUGUCAACAAUACAGUGUAAUAAUAAUAAUAAUAAUAAUAAUACUAAUAAACUGAAUUAUAAUAUGAUGCCUAAUAAUAAUAAAGCAUCAUUAAUUCAAUUAGAAAACUUCAAUCAAUUAGAUAAUUCACAUUUUGAUGAAACAAUUCAAUUUACACCACUACAAUCAUCACUUGAAGAAAGCGGUUGCAUUGAUCUUUCCUAUAAUGGAUCAAAUAAAAUAUCAGCCGGUCAAAAUAAACACACAUCAGUAAAUCCUCCAAGUAUCUUAAUGUCAAAUGAUACACAUUCAAAUAUAAAUACAAAUAAUAGUAAUGAUAAUAUUGAACAACAAAUGAAUAUAUCCAGUGAAAUGUCAGAAUCAUCAAUUCAAAAAACUAUCAGUGAAGUACAACAAUAUCCAAAUAUGUCAUCAUUUUUAACAUCGACAUUAACCACAGCUACAACAAUCUCUCCAGCGAUUCUUUCAACAAUGACAACAAUUCCUAGCCAAAUGGAAACUGAUUUUAGAACUAGAUCAUCUAUUCCGAAUACAAUGACAUUUCCUGACAUUAAAUUAAAUGAUUAUUACAGUACCAAUGAUUUUUUCUCAUCAUUAUUAAAGUUGAAAAUAUCCGCUGCUGAUAAACUGAAUGAAAUCUUUGUCAACACUACUGUUAGUAACAACGGUAGUAAUAAUAAUAAUAAUAAUAAUAAUCACAAUAAUGCUGGCAAAAAUAGUAAUAACAUCAGUGACUCAAAUGAUAACCAUACUAAUAUAAGUAAUAUCGGUGAAAAAUACAGUCGUGAAAUAGGGCACAUUGAAUGUAUCAAUAAUUUGUAUAACAUUAAUGAUACACUUAAUAGUAGUUGUAGUAAUAGUGGUAGUGUAGUCAGUGAUGCAAGUCAUAGAAAUACAUCGACCAAGUCUCGUCAUCAUCAUCAUCACCAUCAUCAUCAUCGUCCUCAAGAGCAUACAACAAAUGAAUUAACUAAAACUAAAAAUCGUAAAUCAGGCUUUCAACCUGGUGUAACAGUCGGCUAUACAUAUGAUGCAUUUUUCAUUUCUGAUGGUCGAUCAAGAAAACGCAUUAAAAAUUCGCAUGUGAAACAAUCAAAAUUACAAAAACACCAAACUUAUCAUAAUGAUGAUGAUACAUCAUUACAAUUAAUUAGUCCACAAUCGAACACAACUACUACUAAUCUAUCAAGAUCUUGUUCCUUUGAUAAUUUAUCAAAUUAUACCAAUGAAGAACAAGUAUUGAAUAAUACAAUGAAUAAUAAUUUAAUAAAAUCUCAUUUACCAUCUAUUACAUCAUCUUCAACAUCUUUAUUAGUUACACUGAAUGAACCACAAACACAACGUUAUAGUUGUCCAGAUUGUGGUAAAAAUUAUGCAACAUCAUCAAAUUUAAGUCGACAUAAACAAACACAUCGUAGUUUAGACAGUCAAUCAGCAAGAAAAUGUCCACAAUGUGGCAAAGCAUAUGUAUCUAUGCCAGCGUUGUCAAUGCAUUUAUUAACUCAUGAUUUAAAACAUCAGUGUGAUAUUUGCGGUAAGGCGUUUAGUCGACCAUGGUUAUUGCAAGGUCAUCGACGUGCUCAUACAGGUGAAAAACCAUAUGGUUGUGCACACUGUGGUCGUGCAUUUGCUGAUCGAUCUAAUCUACGAGCACAUAUGCAAACACAUUCAGGUAUGAAACAAUUCCAAUGUAAACAAUGUCAUAAAAAUUUUGCACUUAAAUCCUAUUUAAAUAAACAUCUAGAAUCGGGUUGUAUGAAUAAAUCUGAUUGGUCGAUGAUGAAUUCUUCAUUAAGUUCCGAAGAAAAAUCCUACUACUCACCGGAACCAUCUGAGAAAAUUUCAAAAAUGGAAUUUCAUCAACAAUCUGGUUUAUCAUGGAGUGUUACUAAAUUAAUCAAUUAA